CAGGCAGUGUGGCCGCAGCGAGGGCUCGCAGGGUUCCUCGGCUCAAGCAUCGGCAAAACGGGGCCGAGUACAUAGAAUGCUCGGCUGAAGGGUCGGGCAGGCAUCGAGAAUAUAAAUGCUCCUGUCUGCCUCGGUCGGAUUGUGCAGACCAGCGAAAGAGCCAGGAGGUGCAGGAGAAGGGGUGAUUGAGCUGUUUCUCGGUCCUUAGUUCGCCAGCAUCACUCCAGACAAAAAGCACCAAGGAUGUUAUUCAGCAAAGCGAUCGUUGCAGCAUGUAUGCUCGAGUUGGCAGCGCCAUGGGCUGCAGCUACUGCAGAGGCAGACCACAAGUAUUUAUCGCUCAAGGCGUACAGAGAGUACGUGACUGACGAGAGAUUGGUGAAGCGGUCCAGCAAGUCCAGCAAGUCGGACAAGUCGUCGUCGUCGUCGUCGUCGUCGUUCCAAUCGGACUUGGACUUCCUGAGAUUGGGCUUCUACAUGUCGCUGCAGGUGGGGUCGAACAAGGACCCGGUGAAGGUGGUGGUGGACACGGGAUCCUCGGACCUGUGGUUGCCAACGCCGGACGUGUGUGCAGACAGCGACAGCGACAGCAGCAGCAGCGACGCUUCCGACAGCUCCAGCAAGAGCAAGCCUAAGGACGACAGCGACGAUGACGACAGCAGCUCCAAGAAUACCUUCAACUGCAAGAAGUACGGCUCCUUCGACCCUAGCAAGUCCAAGACGUUCCACUCCAACAACACCGAGUUUGGCCUCAGCUACGGUGACACCUCCGUCGCCAUCGGCGUCUGGGGUCAGGACACCGUCACCAUCGGCAACACCAGCAUCAGCAACGUCAACUUAGCCGUCGCCAACUUCACCAACGCCAGCAGCGGUAUCAUCGGUAUCGGUUACGAGGCCACCGAAGCCACAUACUUCACCCACUCCAAGAACAAGUACAAGUACCUCAACUUCCCUGCCCAGCUUGUCGCCGACGGCAUCAUCAACAAGGCCGCAUACAGUUUGUUCCUAACCGAGCACGGAGACGCCGAAAUCUUGUUCGGUGCCGUCGACGCCAACCAGUACUCCGGUACCCUCUACCAGUUCCCAAUGGUUCCUGUCAACGCCUCGUCCUCCGAAAUCACCAGAACCGCCAUCACCGUCAACUCCUUGGCCCUCAACAACGGUAAGCUCGAGGGCUUCGCUCUCCAGGGUUACGUCCCAGCCGUCUUGGACUCCGGUACCACCUUCGCUGCCAUGCCUGUCUUCAUUGUCGAAACGAUUGCCAACUUGCUAGGCUUAUCCUUUUCCAAAGAACUCGAGCAGUUCUACGGUGAUUGUGACAUCGCCGAAGGCGUCAACUUUGUCUGGAACUUCCAAGGUGUCGAGCUCACCUCCCCAGUCUCUUCCUACUUCACCAACAUCAUUGAAGACGACGAAUCCCAGGGCUGUCUCCUCCAAAUCAGACUCACUGAUGACAAUUUCAUCAUCUUGGGUGACGCAUUCCUCAGAGACUUCUACACCGUCAUUGACUUGGAAGACGACGUCGCCGCCUUGGCCUACAAGCAGAACAGCACCUCAAGCAGCAUCCAAGUCAUCAGCAGCUCCAUCCCAGGCGCUUCCAAGGCUCCUAACAGCAAGAGCACCUUCGGUGGCAAGAACUCGGUCUACACCUACUACGCCUCCGAAUUGACCACCACCGCCUUCAAGAGCAGCAAGAUUCCUACCUUAGAAACCGACUUCCAAACUAUCACACUCGGCGGCGAAGCUACCGCCAGCGGUGACGCCACCGAAUCCUACGAUUCCUACUCUGGCUACUACACCGACGAGUACAGCUACUCUGACGCCUACACUGGCGACUACUCCUACUCCUCAUACGAGGACACCUUCCAAACAUUCGCCACCCAAAACACAGCACACGGCUCCCACCACAGUUCCGCCGCAUACUACAUGGCCAAGGACAAGACCACUGCUAUCUUCACCAACUACGCCAAGGCUGCCAAUGCAACCAGCAACUCUGGCAGCGGUUCCAAGGCCUCCAUUGUCGCUGCCACCGCCUCCGCUUCUCCAUCUUCGAGCUCUGAAAACGGUGCUGCUGUCGCUGCCUCCUACAGCACUGGCUUCGCAUUCUUCGCACUUCUUGCCUCGCUAUUCAUCUAAGGGCAAAGCACCUUUUUUUUGGUCUUUGUCUGUUUGUGUGUUAAUAAUAACUUACCCCCAGUAUUGUUGAAUUACUGUUUUAUCUCUAAAUUUUGAAUUCUUGAAUGUUAUUCUCUCAUAGUUACACUGCAGCAGCCCCUACGCCGCCUCCACU